UAAUUAAAGUCCUUCGGAUCAAAAGUGCACGCCACACCGCCUUUGAUUCAGUCACAUGGUACACGAGCAUCUAUACAACUAUUUUGCUUUCUCUGCUUCCUUUUCUUCAUAUUUCUCUACCAUUCUUCGGAUCUUCUCUACGAUUUCCUCUGUUUUAAAGACAUGGGAGACAAAUUUGGGUUGGAGGAAGAAGAUAAAGCCAUGAUAGAGAACGUAUUGGGUCGUGAAGCUUGCGAUUACUUGUUAUGGUCAGCUUCAAAUAAGCUUUCAGAUGAAUUCAGAUCAAGAACAAGUGAUUUAGGGGUUCAAGACGGGCUUCGAAAGAUUCUCGAGGGGUCAGACUGGAAUUACUCCAUUUUCUGGCAAGUUUCCAAUUCAAAAUCAGGCAAAUCUGCUUUAAUCUGGGGCGAUGGCCAUUAUAAAGACUCAACAGAAACCCAAGCUGGUGGUGGGCAUGGAACCAAUAGGAAAAAACGGGUUCUGCAGAAGCUUCAUUCUUGUUUUAAGGGACACGAAAAAGGAAAUCUUGUUGCAAAAAUGGAUUUAGUUUCUGAUGUGGAAAUGUUUUAUUUAACCUCGAUGUUUUAUCUGUUCCCAUUUGAUAAACCUUCAAGCCCUUCUCAAUCUUUCAACACAAGUCGGUCCGUUUGGGUUUCUGAUACAAGAAGCUGUGAAGAACAUUACCAGUCAAGAUCUUUUUUAGCAAAAUCAGCACGCUUUCAGACACUCGUAUUUAUCCCGCUUAAAAGAGGAGUCUUGGAGUUGGGUUCUUUUAAGUCAAUCCCAGAAGACCAAAGCUUCAUAGCAAUGGCUAAAACUUUGUUUAAUGGAUGCCACCCGAAAGGAUUACCCAAAAUCUUCGGUCAAGAAUUAAGUCUCGGUGGUAAUAGUAAUGGUAAUGGUGGUCCGAAAUCCGGUCCAAUCAGCAUCAACUUUUCACCAAAAGUGGAAGAAGAUGUGGAUUUCGGAGGGGAAUCAUACGAAAUACCUUCGAGAAACGGUUUCGGUGGGAAUUCUUCCAACAAUGAUAAUGAAGGGAAGUUGUUUCCUAACCAUGUGAUGAAUGGAGUAUUGAAUUCAUCGCAAUCAAUCCAAUCAUCAUCACCAAAUCAAGACUCAUUAAUGGACAGAAAGCCAAGAAAAAGAGGAAGAAAACCCGCAAACGGAAGAGAAGAACCGUUGAACCACGUGGAGGCGGAGAGACAGCGACGGGAGAAACUAAACCAACGGUUCUACGCGCUCCGAGCGGUGGUCCCCAACAUUUCAAAAAUGGACAAAGCGUCGCUACUUGGUGAUGCGAUUUCAUACAUAACAGAUCUUCAAUCAAAGAUAAGAAUGAUGGAAGCUGAAAAGGAUGUGAUGGGUGCACCCGAGGUUGAUUUCAUGGCUAGAAAAGACGAUGCGGUUGUUAGGGUGAGCUGCCCGUUGGAUGAGCACCCGGUUGCCCGGGUUAUAAAAACAUUUCGGGAACAUCAGAUGGUGAUGCAGGACACAAAUGUUUCAACCACAGAAGACGGGAAGGUCAUGCAUUCCUUCUCGUUUCAAGGUCUUGCUGGUGCUGCUGUUGCACAGCAGCUCAAAGAGAAGCUUGAAUCCGUCUUUUCAGAUUGAUAAAACAAACUUGUAAGACAAAAUCUUGUAUUUUUUUUUCUAGCUUCAAUGUUUUUGUUAGAUUCAUGAAUUGUGGGGGGAUGUAUCAUGUAUUGAUAAAAAUAUUUGCAUAUUGUGAAUUUGCGAUGGAUUGGAUUGGUUGGUGGUGACAGAAGUGGAAAACCUAUGAAGCAGUCGGUCAGGAAAGGACUAAUGGUAUAAGUAUUGGUGGUGUAGCAACUAGCAACAAGACUGUAUCGAUGUUCAAAUGUGUAAUGUGCAAUUUUUCUUGCAUUACAUAAAAAUCAUCUCCAAUAUUGUCAUUUGUCGAUUUGGAAAAUGAGUUUAUAUAUUUAUCUGUAUCAUUUCAUUUUACUGUAUCAAGUACUUCUCAUUCACUCAUUUUAUUUUCAGUAAAUUAUAUAAAUAGUCUGUGGUUUGGGGUC